UUUUAGACCCUAAACUACAAGAGAAGAUGGAAAAUGAUCUGUUAUCUCCUCGAAUCACAGCAGAAAUGGAAGGGACUGAAUGUUUUCUCUGCAGAUCUCAUGACCCGUGUAUGCAUUAGACGUAUAUUGUCGUUCUCCAGGUUUUCUAUAAUGGUGUAGCGCAGUUUUUUUAACCUGGUGAAAAUGGACUGUGCGGCGUUUACGGAGCAAAACACAGAAAGAAGUGUUUGUAUCGUUGGAUCGGAACUAGUGGAGAACUACACGGUUUACAUAAUUGAGGUGAAGGUUGGGGAACACCGGUGGACUGUAAAGCAUCGCUACAGUGACUUCUAUGAACUGCAUGAAAAGCUCACUUCAGAGAAGAAGAUUGAUAAACAUCUGCUGCCUCCUAAGAAGAUAAUUGGUAAAAAUUCCAAAACUCUUGUGGAAAAGAGGCAGAAGGAGCUGGAGGUGUAUCUGCAAACUUUGCUCAACCGAUUCCCUGUGGCUGUACCAAAGGUUUUAUCCAUCUUUCUACACUUCCAGUUAUAUGAAAUCAAUGGCAUCGCUGCUACCCUCGCAGAAGACCUGUACCACACAGGUGAGCAGCUGUUAGUUGCUGGUGAGGUUUUCCUCCUGAGGCCACUGCAGCUCUAUGCCAUCACCCAGCAGCUGAAGCUGGCCAAACCCAACUGCUCCAAUGGAGAUGCCAAGGCAGAUCUUGGCCAUAUACUGGACUUUGCCUGCAGACUCAAAUAUCUCAAGAUCCCUGGGACGAUAGGAGUUGUGGGUACCAGCAAUAUUGCGGAGCACAGUCUACCGUUUGACCUUUCCGUCUUUAAAUCCGUGCUCCAGAUUGAGAUAAAUGAUUGCAGUUCAGGACAAAUACGGGGACUUCCUGCAUUGAAGCCCACUCUGGUUACACUCAGUAUUCAUCGUUCAGCUGCGUCCAUGAAGGAAAUUUUAGUUCCCGAAGCUGCCGAGUUUGCCAAGUGGGAACCUGAAGGCGUGGACAUCGACUGUGCAGUAACUGCAAUCAUUCCAACCUGGAAGAUACUGACCACCCUGGACAUGAGCCACAAUAAUAUCUACUGCAUUGACGAGUCUGUGAAAUUGAUUCCUGCAGUCGAAUUCCUUGAUCUUGGACACAAUUUCCUGUCAUUGGUGGAAAAUCUCCAGUAUCUAUACAAUCUAGUGCACUUGGACCUGUCCUAUAACAAGCUUACAGUCCUUGAAGGUGUUCACACUAAACUGGGCAACAUCAAGACCCUGAAUUUGGCGGGGAAUCAGCUUGAAACCCUUUCUGGUCUCAGUAAACUUUAUUCUCUUGUGAACCUGGACUUGAGCGGUAACAGAUUAGCACAGUUGGAUGAAAUAAAGUACAUUGGAAUGUUGCCCUGUUUGGAAAAACUCUCCCUUGCCACCAACCCCAUGUGCAUCAUUCCUGACUACAGAACUAAAGUUCUGGCACAGUUCUGCGACCGAGCAUCCGAGGUUUGUUUAGACGGCACAGUAACCACCGAGAAGGAGUUGGACACUGUCGAAGUGCUGAAAGCCAUUCAGAAAGCCAAAGAAGCGAAAGACAGAAUGGCAAACACUGAAAAAAAGAUUAGUGAUGUCCCAAGACAGACUGACGCAGGGCUGAAUCCCUCAUCGUCCAGCUCUGUCGCUGCACCACAGUCUUCCUCUUCUUCUUCUUCUUCUUCUUCUUCUCCGCUCCACUGUGCCAGCUCCAGCCAAGAAAUAGCUUGCAAAGAUGACUCCUUUCUUACCAAAGAGAUAUUGACCCAUGUGGAUUCUACACCUACCCAGAGAUGCUGUAAUAACUAUCCCACAGUCUGUGAGGUUACACCUCAGGUUAGAACUCAACCUACUUCCUGUUCAUCUUCAGAGAUCAAUUCUGAGCAGAAGCAUGAAAGUUCUGGCUGCUUUUACUGUGAAGAAAACCAGGAAUCCUGGACCAACAGAUGCUCCACACCAGUGCUACCCUUCUCUUAUUUGUCCUACACCAUCACCAACUUGGACUUCGUUAUCCGGCUUUCUGAUUUGAUCUGGCGAACAGAUAUGGAGAGUAAAACAUCCAGCGAAUGCAGGACGUCCUCUGUGGAUGUGACCGAGCAGGGCAGCCCUGAUUCCGGGGGCAGUUACUUUGAGAUGGGCCCAGAUCACAGUGAUGAGAUCAUGGGCUGCUCUUCCUCUUCCACACUUCAGGACAGUGAAUCCGAGAGUGUGGAAAGCUCAAGUGUUCGGAUAAAUCUUAUCGUGUGGUCUCACAGCAUCAUUGUGGGCCAAGAUGGAGGUCUGAAUCAGAUGCCGUGCUGUUUGGCUGCAACGGAUAAAGCGCUGGUGGUUUUUCAGACAAGGUCCAAAGAGACUCCACAUAAUUUAGAGGAGCUAAUGGACUGCAUUAAAGUAGCACUGAUGGCGCCAUAUUCAGACAUGGAGGCAUUUUGGUUUGCCAUUCCAGACACUUGCAUCUCCUUAAGGUUGAAGUUCAGCGCCACCCGAUGGUAUUUCUUCUCAGAUGGACAAAAUUUGAUGGAGAUCCAUUCUCAUGUGAACUUGCUUCUGGAUAGAACUCAAAGUGAACGUAUCAGUGGACAAUCUAAUGUCCAGUCAUUUAUUCAGCAGUUUCUAAAUUCCUGGGAAAUCGAAGAGAAUGAUAGCGGAGUGAAAAGUGGAUACAUAGCUCACGUCCUGGACCGUGCCUCAUUGGUUCAAACAAGUCAAAAGAGCACUGUUCCCUCGGACAUUUUAUCUCCAGUCCAUGCAAGCCACACCUCCAUCCCAUUACUUCUGUUCCUCACAACACGACAUCUCUGUGUGCUCAAGGUCGAUUUUGUGGCCAUGGCGUCAAAACCCAAUGGAAAUUGCAUACGCUCUUGCGCCAAGUUCACCAGAAUUCCACUCGCGUCUACAUUGCUGAACCCCAAGCAGAGUCGAACUGGACAAAGCAGUUCAGUCACUCAUCGCUUUUGUGAUGUCCAUGUUUUAGAACUCCUGGCAGGGCAUGAGCGCCUAGCUGCCAUUUUCGCUCUUCCCCAUGACAAGUUUCUGUUUCUGAAGCAGUUCGCUCAGCUCCGUGCCAGUCUUCAAGACAUCAAGACCAUCGCUCUUCUACAGACCAGUAAACGCCACCUCAGACUGAACAGCACAACACCUAGCAAGGCUACCAAGAAAAAGAGUCUUUCUCAGGACAUGCAGAAGCCCCAUUUAACCCUGUCUCUGCUCAACCCUGGAGACUCGCUUAUCCAGCAGCUCUCGGAGGAAAACCAGUGUCCGUCCCACCUAUCUCUGUCUUCAGCCCUGCGUCACCUUUCCUCAUUGAGGGGCGAGGAAGUUAUAAUCUUCUUCCAUGAUAACAUCGCAGAGGUGGAGAAUGAAGAGCUGAGGCACAUCUUGUGGACAUCUGUCCUCUUCUACAAAUCCCCUGAUGUGGAGUUGACUGCCUGCGUUAUGAUGUCUACCAAAGCUGUUUACUUUAUCCUGGAUGACAUCGCGUCCACGCUCAGUGAUCAAGCUUUCUCCACAUCGCAUAUUAUAAACUGUGACUCAACAACAUACAACAUGAUGACACAACCAUUUCUUCAUGCAGUGAUGUGGAGCUGGCACCCGUUAGACCACAAGGACGCAGAUUUCCUCAUCUCUUUUUGCUUUGCGAUGAAGCUGAAUGAGCUGCAGAGUGUGAACGUGGGACUGUUUGAUCAGUACUUCAGAGUGGUGGGACCCUUUCCGGAGCACAUCAUCACAUGCCUGACCAGAGACAGCUACAGCACACACCACUUUCUUCAGCAGCUGAUGAGCGUGCUGUCUUUACUGGAGAAAGCGCCCUCACCAGAGCCCUCAGACCAAGACUUCUACACACAGUUUGGCAAGAAGAGCACAGGCAAAAUGGAGAACUACGAGCUGGUGCACUCAAGUCGGGUGAAGUUUGUCUACCCGAGUGAGGAGGAGAUCGGUGACUUGACCUUCAUUGCAGCAGAGAGGAAAGGCCCUCAGGGACCUGCACACUCAUUUAACGUCCUCUUCUACGCCCUGGUGUUCCAGGUGCAGAGCGGCCCGGAUGCGAAGGCCGAGCUGCAUCCGAAGAGCCUCGUCUUGAGCAGCACGCACGUCUUCCUACUGGACGAGGACUAUAUCAGCUACCCCUUGCCCCAGUUUGCCAAAGAGCCGCCACAGAGGGACAAGUACAGGCUUACGGACGCCCGCCGGAUACGAGACCUGGACCGUGUGCUCAUGGGAUACCAGCCGUACCCACAGGCACUCACACUGGUCUUUGAUGACGUGCCUGGACCUGAUCUGCUGUGCCAUCUGACCAUGGACCAUUUCUCAGAUGAGAAGGAGAGAAAGCGGAUGCAGGGUGGUGACGGCGCUGAAAGUGAAGUACAGUGGUGUAUUUUUGUGCCCGGUGCAGACAGCAGAGAGAGACUGAUCUCACUUCUGGCUCGGCAAUGGGAAACGCUGUGCAGCCGGGAACUUCCGCUAGAGCUCACGGGCUAAUGAAAGGUAAUAGAAAAACAAACCUAGAAAGACUGUCUAAAAGGUGACUGGGCUUUGUCUUUGCUUCAGUUUUAGUCUCAGCUUUAGUUUUCGUUUUUGAAGGCUUCAGUCUUCACGGUCGGGUAGUAUGGCAUAAAUGAUAAUAAUGACAAUAUUAUUCAACAAAGUAACUGAACUCACCAGCAUAACAGUUAAUGACCUGUAAAAAUGUAUGCAUUUAACAAUGUAACAAAGGAGAUGCUGCAAAAAAGAGAUAAAAUAUGGUCAUAACAGUCUAACAUCAGUACAGAUACUUCAGUUUGACAUCCAUGCUCUCUGCAAUUGAUCCUUAUUUCUUUUGUCAGUACAUUUAUUUCCUACAGCAUUAUUAAUGUCCAAACCUUUUGCGCAUAGAUACAAAUUAUGAUGUUUUACUACAGAGACAGCAGCCUUAAUUACUCUAUCCAUAAUAGUACCUGCUUAAUCAGGCAACCGAUAAGGAACAUUGCAUUCUGGCUGUCCUUCAGUGUCAUCACACGCCA